UUGAGCCGCAGCUGGCACAUCAUCCUUGUCAUGGGUAGAUGGCGCAGUGACGCAGUCCAAUGCUACAUCCAGGCUGCUAUAGCUGACACUCUGAAAGUGUCAUGUCAAUUAGCUGCAGUUCAACGUCAUCAGUGGUAUCUGUAGUAAAUCAAAUGAAGAAGUGACUUAGUUGACCGCAGGAUCAUGUAUGACUCGAGAGCUGAUGCCAUUGAUGCACUGGCAGGGCCACGACACAACCACGAUGGUCUGCCUGAAAAAGCGCAUGGACGUCGUUCUGGCUCGCUAGAGCUUGGCUCUGCUGUCCUAAGGAAGAAUAUUUCCCGACAGAUCGUGUCCCCCAAAUCCCCGAAGCGACGCGAGCAACAGGCAUCCUUGUCUAGCCCAACCAUCAGUCCUCAAUCAAAAAAGAAGAAGAAGAAGAAGAGUAUUGUCGGGAGGUCUACGAAACCACGGGAUAGUGAGAAUGGUGUACAGGUGGUGAACUUCAGGGAAAUGAUUGACAUCCGUGAAGGUAGGAAGAGGAAGAGUCCCGCUGAGGACGACGCUAGUCCACCACCGAAGAAACCGAAGACGUUCAUUUCGUGGGAUGGUCACGUUACCAGCGAUGUAGUAAAGGAGUUGACUACUCCUUGGCAUGAAAAAGUGGGUACAUGGGACCCGGAUAUGAAGAGUUCCUUCCUGCCGACAACCAUUCCCGACGAUGAGGAUGAUGCUUGGAAUGAGGAAUUUGAUGGGUUCAUGGUAAAGAAAGUCAAGAAGAAGAAGAAGAAGAAGAAGAAGAAGAAGAAGAAGAAACCGUUGCCAGACAAUGACGUCAGUAAACCGAAAGUCAAUCCUUUCCAGGUUAUACAAGAGAAGAAAUAUUCCAAGGCGGCCUUGGCAAAAAAGGCUGAGAUAGAAUUCCUGCAGAAGACGAAUCGGUGGCUGAAAGAACAAGGCAUCAAGAAGAGUGCAACCAAGUACCUCAAUGAGCUUAGGAGUAAGGCCACACGCACGCCAGCUAAAAAUGCCCAAGAUAAAAUACUCGAUGGUUAUGAUUCUGAAGGCAGAAAGCUGAAGAGUCCCGACACAAGUACUGCUGACGACAACGCAAAUCCACUCCCGAAGAAACCGAAGAAGAUCAGUUCGUCUAAAGCGAAACCAUUCGACAUAAGGACAUGGGACAAGAAAACCAGGAGUUUUAUCGAACCGCCGACAACCAAGCGGAGGAGAUCUGAUCGAGACAUUGCCGACGAUAAGAAAGAGGAUAAGCCCAAGGCACCCUCGUCCAGCCCAACCAUCAGUCCUCAGCCAAACAAGGCUAACAAAGAACGACAGCAACAGCAGCGGUCUCCAUCUCACAAUGGCUUGGCCAAGAAGAGUGACACGGACAAGCAUAAGAGACCGCAGCAAGCUGAGAAUGUGAAUACCAAGAGGGUAGCCUUGCCGCAUACUACCAAGCAGAGGAAAUCUGAUCGAGACAUUGCCGGUGAUCAGGAAGAUGCUUUGAAUGAGGAAUAUUAUAAGCCCAAGGCACCCUUGGCAGAAACGACUAAGAAAAAACUACAGCAGCAGCACCACCACAAGCAAUCUCCAUCUCAAAAUGGCUUGGCCAAGAAGAAUGGUGUCGUCAGCAGUGACACGAAUAAGCUUAAGAGAACAUGCAUGCCAGCUGGGAAUGGCAGGAAGAGGAAGAGGCAUUACACCAUUAGCGCUGGUUCACGCUGGAAGAGACCGGUUUCAUGGGUUGCUCGCGCUAUCAACUCCAUAUUGAAGAAGUUAACUGAAGAGAAUACCAAGAGUGUAGCCUUGCCGCAGACAACCAAGCAGGGGAAAACUGAUCGAGACAUUGUCGACGAUGAGGAGGAUGCUUGGAAUGAGGAACAUGAUAGGCCCAAGGUAAAGAGUGUCGAGAAGAAGCUGUUGCCAGUCACUGUCAAGAAGUCGCGUAAAAAAAGAUGUAGAGAAAAAAGAAAUAGAGAGAAAUAUUCCAUGGUGGACAUCGCCAAACCGGGUGGAGUGGAAAUAUCCGCCGCUCGACGUGCCUUGUUCCAAUGAAACAAGUAAUCCAGUACAAUCAUGAGUACACGACCCCCCAGAAUGUGCAACUCAGCUUACACCUCUGUCCCAACACGUUUCGGAAAUACAUCAUGGUCGCGAUGCAAUUCACCUGUCUGUAUGCCAGAUCAUAUUGCACACAGUCAACCUUGCAGGUCAAAUGCAUGCUCCAGUAACUCUAGUAGUGUGUUGUGUGACUUGUAUGAUUUGCUAUAUCUGAGCGUGUAUUGUUAUGGUUGACUGCCCAUGUAUGAUGCUCUCCUCGUCUGUGCAGAAUCUACUGUGUUGUUCUGUUUAUGUACCUCACCUCAUGUCUUGUAUGCAUUCCUGCCGCACCCUCCUCUCGCCCCUCCUCCUCCUCCCCCCCCCCCCCAUGGUGCUAGCUGUGAUCCCAGACCCUUGGCUGGGCAGUCAACCGCAGCUCACCAGCACAGCUCGUGUAGCGCCUACACACCCAUUGUUGUGGUUUUCUUGUUUUGUCUUUGUUUUGUUUCCUGUUAUUCCGUAGGUAUGUGCACUGUGAUAACAAAAUUAAUAAAAAAUAGCGUCCCUCAUCGUCGGCAAGACGGGCGAGGCUCAAGCAUGAUUCAUACUUUCUUUCGCGUACGGGAAACGCGUCGUAUUUCGAAAAAGUGGACUUGAGCUCAACUGAUUUUACUCUGGCCCAUCGUGCGACGAU